CAUUCGUUCGAAUAGGCUGUAUUUAACUAUGAAAAUAUAAAGACUGUUUGAACAUAGCAUACAUGUUCGUAUUUUGACACGUCUCUCUUUUUGCUGUUGCCUAUGGACAUACACGCUAAUGCGACAUAAGCUGAUCUUAAAUUCAGAAAGAGGAUGUUUGGCUACAAAUCUAUCACUUUGUUUGGUUUAUUUUAUAUAUAUAUAUAAAUAUACAUGUCAAAUUACUACUUUGCUAUUGUGGGAGCAACAGACAAUCCCAUCUACGAAACAGAAAUCACACCUUCAUCACGCUCUUCUGCUCUUAUUGACUCGAAUAGACAAAGAGAUGAACAUAAACACUUGAACCAGUUCAUUAUACAUGCAGCACUUGAUGUUGUUGAGGAAUACCAAUGGAACACAACAGCCAUGUACCUGAAAUCGAUUGAUCGAUUCAAUGAGUUUUAUGUCUCAUGCUUUGUUACAGCAGGAAAUGUCAAGCUCAUGUUACUUCAUGACCAAAAAUCAGAAGAUAGCAUAAAGCAAUUCUUCACUGAAGUCUAUGAAUUAUACAUCAAGAUCUUAAUGAACCCAUUUUACGAGAAAAACUCGACUAUUACCAACCCAUCAUUUGAUAACAGAAUUAAGCUUGUCGCAAGACGUUUUCUUUAA